GAAAGCCCUUUUUCUUACUUUCGCAGCGACGGUGGCCCAGAUUUAGAGGCUUCUUCCACCACCACCACCACUAUCAACCGCUUUUUUCUUCUUCCUCCUCUUCGCUCCUAAAAAAUUCUCUUCCUCUCUCCGCAUCAAAACUCUGUUUUGCUCUCCUGUGCAGAAACUAAUACUAUAAGCAGCAAGAAUAAAAGGCUAAGUAGUUUUGUGGGAAGACCCUUCUAAUACAAGGUUCAAUUUUGAAUUCUAGAGAGCUGAUAUAUUUUACUUAUAGCAUAUGUCUGAGGCUGAGAACAUGGGUGUUUCUCCAUCACAAGUUAGUUCUCAAACUAAAAGUUACUCUUGCCCUUCACAAACUAAACUGGAAAAUACUCAUGAAUUAACUGCUGAAUACAACUGUGGUGGAUAUUCGGAAGAGAAACAUAAGCUUGAGUCUGAAAUCAUACAAAUUGAAGCCGGAGAUAGCGGUACUUUUGAUGAAGAUGUAACAAACAAUUCUUUUACUGAUUUGGAUCCACCUCCCGAAGAUGCCAGGGGUGCUACUUUUGAUGAAAGUUCAAGACCUAUACUAACUGCUAUAGAUCAGAAACUCGAGCCAGGUGCUAGAAGUGUGAAUACUGCGUGUACGCAUGGUGAAUCAUCAAAAGCAACUGACUCUGGUAAUCUACAGGAUGAACCUGGAAAUAUCAAUGCUGCAUCAUCAAGCUGCAUUGCUAAUGAAACCUCACAAGCAUCACUUGAAAAUCUAGCCAAUAAUUCUUGUACUGAAGAUGUGGGUCCGCCGCAUGGAGAUGCAAGCAAGGGUAACCAGAUUGAUAAAAGUUCAUACCCUCAACAAACUAUAUUUGGACAUACACUUGAGUUACUUUCUGACAGAGCUUGUUGUGAACCAUCAGAAGAAAGACAGAAGCCUGGAUCUGAACUUUCAGAAAAUGAUUCAACGGGAAUUGACACUGAAUUAUAUAGUGGCAUUGCUAUCAAGAAUUCAGAGCCGCUUACUCAACUUGUGACCAAGAGUUCUCCUAUCAAACAUGCAGGCUUGCUUCCUGGUGACAGUAUCAUCAUUCCUGCAAAUGAACAAACAAGACCAACUCAUGAUGAUGAGGACAAAGGCCCAGAUAAUGAACAUUUGGAAACACCAUCUAGAGUUGCGAUUGGUAUUACUAGACGCGGUAGACCUAGUGGUAAGAGUGCUUCAAGAUUGUCAAGGAAGAUAUAUAUGUUAAGAUCUUUGAGAAGUAGUGAUAGAGUUCUCCGGUCAAGAUCACAAGAGAAACCUAAAGCUCCUGAAUCAAGUAAUAAUUCAGGUAAUGUUAAUUCCACUGGUGAUAAAAAAGGGAAAAGAAGGAAAAAGAGAAGAGGAAAAAAUAUUGUGGCUGAUGAAUAUUCCAAAAUCAGGGCACAUCUUAGGUACUUAUUGAAUCGGAUGAGCUAUGAGCAAAGCUUGAUCACUGCUUAUUCCGGGGAAGGCUGGAAAGGACUUAGCCUAGAAAAGUUAAAGCCCGAGAAGGAGUUGCAGCGAGCCACAUCUGAAAUUACCAGACGCAAAGUGAAAAUAAGGGAUUUAUUUCAACAUAUUGAUUCUCUGUGCAGCGAAGGAAGGUUCCCAUCAUCUUUAUUUGAUUCUGAAGGACAGAUUGACAGUGAGGAUAUAUUCUGUGCAAAAUGUGGGUCCAAAGAUUUGAAUGCUGAUAAUGAUAUUAUACUAUGUGAUGGUGCUUGUGACAGAGGAUUUCAUCAGUUCUGUUUGAUACCACCAUUGUUAAGAGAAGACAUUCCUCCUGAUGAUGAGGGCUGGUUAUGCCCUGGAUGUGAUUGCAAAGUUGACUGCAUUGGCUUGCUUAACGAUUCUCAAGGAACAAAUAUAUCUAUCAGUGAUAGCUGGGAGAAAGUUUUCCCUGAGGCUGCCACCACAGCGUCUGGACAAAAACUGGAUCACAACUUUGGACCAUCUUCUGAUGAUUCUGAUGAUAAUGAUUAUGAUCCUGACGGUCCAGAUAUUGAUAAGAAGAGUCAGAAGGAAGAAUCGAGCUCUGACGAAUCUGACUUCACUUCUGCAUCUGAUGAAUUCAAGGCCCCCCCUGAUGGCAAAGAGUACUCGGGGCUCUCUUCUGAUGAUUCAGAGGAUGAUGACUAUGAUCCUGAUGCUCCAGUUCUUGAGGAGAAGCUGAAGCAGGAAAGUUCAAGUUCUGAUUUUACAUCAGACUCUGAGGAUCUUGCUGCCACUAUUAAUGGUGAUGGGUUGUCUUUAGAAGAUGAAUGCCGCAUGCCUAUUGAACCUCGUGGAGUUUCUAAUGGGAGGAAAUCUAAAUUUGAUGGAAAGAAGAUGCAGUCUUUAAACAGCGAGCUUUUAUCCAUGCUAGAACCAGAUCUGUGCCAAGAUGAGUCAGCAACUGUUUCUGGAAAAAGAAAUGUUGACAGAUUGGACUACAAGAAGCUCUAUGAUUUUAAUUUCGUGUUUCUGUGCUCUGUAAAGGAAACGUAUGGAAACAUUUCUACUUCAAGUGAUGAUGAUUACACUGAUACUGUUGGGCCAAGGAAGAGGAGGAAAAAUACUGGAGAUGUUGCUACAGUGACAGCAAAUGGAGAUGCCUCUGUUACUGAGAAUGGAAUGAAUAGCAAGAAUAUGAACCAGGAAUUAAAGGAGAACAAACGUAAUCCUGAGAGAGGAACUUGCCAAAACUCGAGCUUUCAAGAAACAAAUGUUUCCCCAGCUAAAUCAUAUGUUGGUGCAUCUCUAUCUGGUUCUAGUGGUAAAAGCGGUAGGCCCUCUGCUUAUAAAAAACUUGGAGAGGCUGUAACUCAGAGACUGUACAGUUACUUCAAGGAAAAUCAGUAUCCAGACCGAGCUGCAAAAGCAAGCUUGGCAGAAGAGCUAGGAAUUACUUUUGAGCAGGUUAACAAGUGGUUUGUGAAUACCCGUUGGAGCGUCAACCAUUCAUCAUCUACAGGUACAAGUAAAGCUGAAAGUGCUUCUGGAAAAGGUAGCUGUGAUGGCCAAGUGAGGGAUAGUGAAUCGAAGAACCGAAAGAGCAAUAAACAAAAAACUAACACCCUGAAAUCUAGGAGAUAAUGUGAAGUAGAUUAUUGAACAUCUUUUAUGGAAACAAGAAUGGAGAAAGCAGUUCAUUUACCCCGAAGCUCUUUAGAUUCAGGUUUGUUCGACAAGAAGGAAAGAUUUUGGUUGGGAAAUCAAUUUUAUUCUAUGCUCCUUGUAGACGAACUGACCAUUUACCUUCUGCAAGAGCAAGAUGUUAGGAGAUGAUAUGCUGGUUUUAUUGUGAAGGAUUAACUCUGCCAUGAAGGUGACCAAUGACGCCACUGCUGUACUGUAAUUGGUGAUGUGCUCACUGCUCCAGCUUUCUUUUUUAAGUAAGUUGCCUUUUUUAAAAAACAUUCAACUCCAUUCACAAGGAUUCUUACACAAAAAAAAGUUGAGCGAGUCCAGCUCGUCAUCAAUUCCUUUAUUUUUAAAUUUGUAAUGAGCAUUAAAAUUUGUUCGCUACGUUAAAUCUGUAAGCCACGAAUUUAUGAACAAUUGCUUUACUUGUA